CAUUAAUUGGUCAUGCACUAUGGACUCUAAUAAUUUUUCAAUGUCUGGUAACACAUUUACUGGUCUCAUAUCGCUGCAUCUUUUAGAAUUUUUUAUUUUGGGAACUGGUGUUAUUGUAGAGCAUUUCAAAUUUUCAGGAAAAGGACUGCUUCUCAGUGAACAAUUGAUCCAAUUUAAUACAGGAUAUCCCAAAAUUUCGAAACAGUUUUUCAGCACGUGUUUAGUAGUAAUUUCGGCACAGUUGUUAUUUGAUUUUAAACUGUUUACUUUUUUAUUAGAUAAUUCAAUGAUACGCUAUCAAAUUUUGAAAGUGUUUGCAACAUUUCCUCCUGGAAACUGAUUUUCAUAUAGUCAGGUGCAGCAUUGGCAGUACCCACAAUAUCAACAAUACUUUCCAUAAACUAUUUCCCCCUGGAAACUCAUUUUCAUAUAGUCAGGUGCAGCAUUGGCAGUACCUACAAUAUCAAC